AUGAGCACAAUGGAUACAAAACUGGGUUUAGAGACCAAGCCAACUAGAAGGCAUGUUUCUGGUCGCAAUGUCCUGUUGCUUUUGGUACUCGUCCUCCUCAUAUUAACCUAUUCGAUUGCAACGCCACGGUUACAACCACAAGCACUAACAAGCAGCAGUGGGGUCGUCAAGAAUACGCCAUGGGGGUAUUUUGAUCAACCACAAGACGAAAUUUGUCACCAAUACGACUACAAAUAUCCACAAUCAUAUAUCAAGGACAAUUCUACCGUGUUGAGGAUAUUAUUUGACAAAGAUUUCAGAAGCGUAUCAGCGGAGAAACUAUCAAAGGCAGUUCAAAUACCAACCGAUGUUUUCGACGAGGACCCAUCAGUCGAGAAGGACCCCAAGUACUGGGAUGAUAAGUUUACGCCAUUCUAUGAUUAUCUCAACAAGACAUUCCCCCUUGUCUUCACCCAUUUGCAAGUUGAACUCGUUCACUCACACGCAAUUGUCAUUACUUGGAAUGGCUCACAUCCACUGUCGGAAGUGAAACCAAUCUUACUUACUGCUCAUCAAGAUGUUGUGCCUAUACAAAAGUCCACUUUGUCGCAAUGGACUUAUCCUCCAUAUGAUGGUGUUUACGACGGUGAUAAAUUGUGGGGACGUGGCUCAUCUGAUUGCAAAAACUUGUUGAUUGGCUUGCUAGAGUCACUUGAGGAGUUGUACAAGUCAAACUUUAAACCCAAAAGAACCAUUAUUCUUGGGUUUGGGUUCGAUGAGGAAGUUGGUGGCGAACGUGGGGCUCAACACAUUGGCCAAUUCUUGACACAACGAUAUGGAAACGAUUCUUUUUAUGCUGUCAUUGAUGAAGGUGGUCAGAGCAUAGCUUAUGAAGAAGAUGUCGUGUUGGCUUUGCCAGGAACAAGUGAAAAGGGGUCAACAGAUGUCGUCGUGGGGAUUAAUACACCUGGAGGCCAUUCAUCUGUCCCACCAUUAUCACAACAUACGUCAAUUGGGUUGAUGGCAAUUUUUAUCGAGAGUUUGGAAAGAGACCGUUUUCAACCAAUUUUGUCACCUCGUAAUCCAACUUUCCACGAGUAUCAAUGUGUUGCCAAAUACUCCCCUACACUUGCCCACAAGAUCAAAAAGAGUUUACUUCAGGCAGAAACAUCUCGUCGUGCAAACAAAAUAGCAACCAAUUGGCUUUACAACAAGUCGUUGCUCAGUCGUUACUUGAUUUCAUCUACACAAGCAGUGGACAUCAUCAAUGGUGGAGUUAAGUCCAAUGCCUUACCCGAGUAUGUUGAAGCCGUCAUCAAUCACCGUAUUGCAGUGGAGUCAAGUGUUGAUGAUGUGUACCGUCACGACUUGCAACAUGCUGAACAUCUUGCUAAAAGAUAUGACUUGGGUUUGGUCUCUGAGGGUCACAUUCUCCGUAAUGAGACUGUCAACGGAAAAAUCACCCUUCGCAGAGUCUCAGAGUUGGAACCAGCACCAAGCACUCCAACCGUUGGUAAAGUUUGGGAGCUCUUUGCGGGUAACAUCAGACACGUGUACGAACAGCUUGUACCAAGCAACACGACAGUAUCCAACUCUGGCGUGUUUGAUGUUGUUUUUGGGAAACCGGUCAUUGUGGCACCGGGAAUAGCUACUGGAAACACCGAUACCAGGUAUUAUUGGAACUUGACCAAAAACAUUUUCAGAUACAGACCAGGACUCUUCACAACUGUCGAAUCCCAUGCUCAUGGGGUCGAUGAAUAUAUACGAUUUGAUUCCCAUUUGCAGAUUAUUGCAUUUUAUUACGAGUAUUUGCAAUUGAUCAACGAAGAUGAAAACUUUUGA